AUGGAAUUUGAACGAGGCAUGUGGAACUGCGCUGUUUAUGGUAAAACCGAUCAACUUCUUCGUUUACUCAAGAAAGGCGUCAAUGUUAAUUCGCAAGAUCGUUAUGGCUUUACGCCUCUACAUUAUGCGUCAAGAAAUGGGAGGACUGCGACUUGUGAGCUACUUCUGAGUCAUGGAGCAGACGUCUUUGCGGUGACUCGAAACGGAAAGGCGACUGCACUACAUCGCGCUGCUUUCUGUGGACAUUUAGACGUGGUUAAGCUCCUUUGUUCAUGUCAGAAAUCGGAAGAUUAUCCACCAUUGGCAAGUAUGCUAGAUGUGGAUGGUCAAACUUGCUUACAUUCGGCUGCCAGAGGCAACCAGCCUGUCGUGCUGCAUUGGCUCUCGAUAACGUAUCCCGAACUUAUUUCAAUUCGCGACAAUGCUGGAAAAACUGCGUCUGAUUUACUACCGCUUUAG